AUGGACGCCUUCAAGAACAUCCUCAGCAGCGCGACUGGCAGCCAGAACCAGUCCGGCAGCCAGUCUGACAACCAGUCCGGAAACCAGUCCGGCAACCAGAACCAGUCUGGAGGCAGCCUGGCCGACAAUCUACUCGGCAAGGUCAACAACAUGGCCGGUGGCGGCAAGGAGAGCGAGAAGAACGAGGACUACCUCGACAAGGGCGUCGACUUUGUUCAGGAGAAGUUCUUGGGCGCGGGCGACCAGAGCAACGAGUCGGCCAUCGAGCAGGCCAAGGACGAGCAGAUCUCCGACUUUAUUCGCAGCAAGUACAAGUCCACCACGGGCUCUGACUUCCCCAUUGCAGACAAGAAAACAAACUUCGACCUGUAA